ACACGAGUUUGCAUCGAGUAUUGCUUGUUGUCUAGUGCGAACGCAAUCAGAAAAAUAUGUCGCUCGUCGGGCGACUUCGUCUCGACGAAGUUGUCAGUUCAUUCCCAGAGCUAGGACCGACGGCUCCAGAUGGUGGCUAUUCGUGGAUCGUUCUCAUCGGUGUUGCCUUCAUCCAGGUGUGUUUGCGACAUAAAUUCGCCGGAUACGAGGAAUGUAUAUAAUCUUUCACAAUUGUUACAUACGAUAUGUAAAUCCAAGUAAUUGCGUAAUUGUAAUUGUUUCGGUGGAUAACCGUGCCUAGCGUCUUGUCGAUGUACGGCAUAGUGCUGGGUUAUUUAACGACGAAUAACGCAUUAUUCCUUUUUGACUUGUGGAGCGCAAAGAUCACCUUGACGCCGAUAUUGUUUGUCGCCUUUUGGAGUCUGGCAGAUCCAUGGACCAAAACGAUCACAGAUCUGGCACCAAUACCACGACUGGUCGGUUUGAUCGGCGUUACCCUCCUUACCACGGGUGUUAUAGCUUCCGGAUACCUAGCGACCGGUGGAGCGGGCGCGUAUCUGGCCAGUUUGAGCGCCGGGGCGGUGAUGGGCGUAGGAGCAAGUUUCGUGAUCGUAGAGAGCGAGACCAUGCUGCGAAAGCACUUCAGGGUCAAGUUGCCGUUGGUGCUGACGCUGAAGAACAUAGCCGCUUCCAUCGGCUUCACGAUCGUGCCGGCACUCACGCACUUCUUACUCGUGGGGAUCGGACUGAAGAAUGGUAUCCUGCUAAUGACGAUCGUUUUCAUUCCCUCCACCUUGGGCACGCUGGCCUUGCGCUCCCCGCCACCGCAGCGAGCAUCUCCUUACAGAUUACUUCUGCCAACCGAUGAGGAUAAUGAAUUGGGCAUCAGAUUAUCCCCGGACAGAGAAUUAGAAUCGGAGCGACAGUCUAACGGCAUGGACAACGCCGGCUACGAGAAUGACAAACGCGAUAAGAAUGUCAUGCCUUUAUUCAGCGAGGUAAACAGUAUCUACGCAUAUCAGGAACCGGACGAAGAAGUCGAGCUCUUCAUCAGUCCGACCAUGCAAUCGGGCGGCAAGUGGAAGCAAGAGUUUUACGUAGUUCGUUACUUCCGAUUUUGGGCAGCCGUGAUGACGUGGAUCGGAGUGAAAGCCGGUUCGCUCUACUUUUGGAUUCUGAUACCCGCUGUGUUCCUGCAACGAACCACGGGAUCGUCCGUUUAUCAUUCGGACGAUUGGGUGACGUUGCUGGUGGUCGCUGGCCUCGGUUCGUUUAUACCUAGCAUUGCCAGUUAUUGGUCCGUCACGACUACCACGCAGUACAGAAGGAUAUAUUUCGGGAGCGCCUGUUGGCUUGGCAGUAUUAUUAUGUUAGGUUUAUCUUAUACGAAUAACUAUUACUGGUUUCUGACAUGCUCGCUACUUGGCGGAAUUAGCAUCAGCAGCUGGCUCACCUGCCAGGACUUAACAUUGUGCGAUGUGUUAGGAAAUCAAUUUGCACAUCGCUCGCACAAGUUGUUCUCCACCUUAGUCGGACUGGGUGUGCUGACCUUUUGUUUCGUGCAUAGUGAGAACGUGUGCCUUCGCGCGGUUGCAUUGCUGCAGUUUCUCGGUGGAUGUUACUGGACCGUACCGUCUAUUUGGGAAAUUGUACAAGCACGGAGACAUAGAAAUGGUUAAUCCCGUUACAAAACAUCAAAAGUCAUUUUUACAUUCUCCUAUAUAGAUAUAUUUACAAGGCAUUGAUAUCGAUGAUGAAAGUCACAGUGUGAUUGAUUCAUUAUAAAUUCCUUUAAAUAUUAAAAAAUACUCUUUCAUAGGAUAAUCUUAAGAAUAGACUUGUGCUCCAUACAAUAUAAAUUGUGCAAUUUGUAAAAUAAUUAUUUAAUUCGAGAUGAGGAGCGAUAUAAAAAAUUACUUUUAAAUUAUACAAUUGUGACCGUGUUGUAGCAAUAAAGUGUCUUUGGAAUCUUUAUUAAAA